AAAAGAUAUUAUUUUCAGCCUAUUCUCUGGUCCACUUUAUUACAUCAUACAAACACCCCAAAAACCUCCUAAAACCCUUCAAUUUCAAUCCAAUUUCCGCCAUGAAUUCCAACUCCACAACUCCAAAUUUCGAUAAUCUUCUGCUCCAAUCGUUAAUGGGCAGACUCCAAAUCCGUCCUCCUCCUCUUCCUUCAUCAAACCCACCAUUUCUUUCUCCACAAUCACUCGAAGACCUUCUCUUCAACAACCUCCCUUCCGAUGAAGACGAUGAUGAAGAAGAAGAUCUAGACUAUAACCUUAAUGGAUCCUCCUCGAAGUCCCAGCUCUCCAGAGAAGAAUCCCGGCUUGAAAAACAGAUAAUCAGAACAAUACUUACUGGAAAGAUUGAUUCAUUGAAACCCAAUUCGGGUCAGGCUGUUACGAUUGGUGAGCAUCAUAUAUGUGUCGGGUUUCAUGAAGACCCAGGUACGGAUUAUCGGGUUUGGGAAUGGCAUGGACAUAUUAUGUUGUUUGAUGAGGAAAAUGGCUAUACACCGGAGUAUAUUUAUGGGAAUUAUUUUGAAAGAGUUAGUGUUAAGUUGACGAAGAAGAAGAAAGCAGAAGAAGAAGAAGAAGAAGAAGAAGAAGAAGAAGAAGAAGAGAAUUUGGGGUUGAAGGAGUUGAUUGAAUCAGGUGAAUCAAAUAGUGAGGGGAGGAUACUUCGUCGGAAUAUGAACGCUGGCACUCCAAGCUGUGAUUUUGGAGUUCUUAACGAUACUGACUACCAGUUUGCAAAAAACUGCAUUUUUGAGACCUGGAUGUUUAUACACUUGGAUGCCAAAGCCUUAUCAAGCAUUUUGGAUACCUCUGUUACUUGCUUCCUGUCUUUCCGUGCUCAGUGCAGUAUUCAUUCGUAUGCUAUGCUGUUUUUCUUUGACCAAAGUGAUUGGUCUAGCUUACAGGCUGGUGAAUUUGCUCUUUUGCAACAAAGAGGUGCUCUGCACAUUUCGCCUUGGCUGGAUGGAGCUUGGAAAGUUAGGAGAACACAGGCUUCAAUUGAAAGUUUAGGAGAACACAAGCUUGUAUUGAAAGUUAAGGAGCUCAACGCUGAGCAGCGUGGAGUUGAGACUACUUUUCUGUGA